AUGGCGUCGAUCGUGAUCAACUUCAAGAAUGAUGAGAUGCUCGAUACGAUCUAUCACAAGGCAGUGAGGCUGAGGCUUGUGGAGCAUGGAACCAAAGAUCCACCUGUUGAACAUAAUACGCCAAGGCGGGUGGCUAUUGUUGUCAAGAAGCUUCAAGAGAACGGUUUGCGGUUUGUUCUGUGGAGAGAAGACAACUUGGAUGCCGCCACUCCGGAUGACGUUGUGGAAGUAGAGACGCAAGGCUUCACCGCCGGCUUUGAUCAUCUCGACAGAGGCGAGACGGACAGAACCGCUGUCUGGGUCAUGACUGGCUAUGGCACUCACAGCAGCUCUGGGCAUAUUCAAAGGCUGAGCGCGACUGUCUCGUACCUAUCUGGCCCCAUCAAGGUGGCUACGGGGAGAGGGACAACUAUUUGA